GGCUAGGCAGCUUCCAAUUAUCGCCUCCCAUCUUCCAAGAGCUCUACUUUUCCCUUUUGCGCCAUUAGUAGAGAGCGAGCCCGGCCCGGGAUCAACAGGCCAUGUCAUCGCGGACACAAGGCCGGAGAAAAGCACCCGUGGAGCCAGUCCUCGACGACUGGGAUGCUUCCGAGCCCGAGGACGGGCCAGCGAGCCUCGCUGCUCCGGAGUCUUCCUCGUCGUCAUCGUCGUCAUCGACAGGCACAAGGCUGCCUUUCAACGGCCAGCCACCACGGGUCCUUUCGAGGCCCGAGGCGGGCAGAGGGACAGGUAAAGAGGAUAUAUGGGGGUCGGACAGGAACGGGAUAGGGGGCCGGGCGCCCGCGCAGGGCAAGAAGCUGUGGGAAGAGGCCAAUCAAUCGAGGCCAGCGGUCCAGCCUGUGUUCAGCUCGACGAGGGUCCUCCCACAAUCUGUCCUCGCACCUAGCCUUGCGUCUUCUUCCUCGCCUUUUUCUUCUUCUUCUUCGCCUGGCGCGGCAUCGGGAGCCGCUUUGCCGAGUGUCGCUGGAGCCCCCCCACCACGAAUCCUCAGACGAGAACGGCUGAGCGAGGCCGAGGAGGCGGCCAGGAGGGCCGCGCUGUCGCAGGGACAGGCCGAGAGAAAGACGCUGCAGCAGCGCGAGGAGGAGUACCGCCGGGCACGGGAGCGCAUCUUUGGCACCUCGGGCAGCAGCGACAAGGAGCAGCGGGCCAACAAGUCUGGCUCGUCGACUCCUUCAGAGCGGGCGCCACCGAGUCGGUAGAGGUACCAUUCCACUGCCAGCUUGCGCAUGCUUGCAUGUGUUGAUGAUGAUGAUGAUGUAGUAGUAGUAGUAGUGAUGGUAGUAAUAGCACUAAUAUACAUUGUUAU